GCGAUGUUGACGUUAGGUUAGAAACGUAAGGUGAGCAAAUACUCUGCAAUGUCCCGGCGAAAACAACUUCAUCCAAAGCCUUGCAAACCAUUCAGUAGUGAAGAUGGGGAGACAGAGAUGUCAUCAGAGAUGGAUCACAGAGGUGUCAUCGACGUUCCUUCGUCUCUCGUCAUCCGUUUACAGCCGGUUGACAGCUCGCCUAAAUGCACGGUGUGUAACCAGGUGGCGCUAGUGAAAGGGACGUCAUUCGGACCGUAUAGGCAAGACUUCCCGGCAGCUGGUGAUCACAAGAUUAAACGCGAGAACGAUGCCGACAAGGAAGAGGAAGAAGAUGAGGAUGGGUGUGCGGCGGGAGCGUGGCUGUCCCUUCUUAGAACCACGUCCAGAGAGGAGGAAAGCAACAUAAGCAUAUCCAGAAAAGGUAACAGGCUUUGGUGCUUCGUUAAGCGAGAUCUACCCGUCGAUACCGAGCUGGUGGCAUCUCUCGAGCACACACAAGAUGGCGCUGGCGACGUUCCUGUACCAGGCGUAGACUGCAGCACAGUGACGUCACGACGCUCGUCAUCGGCAGGAUCGCAAGAGCCCGCGCGGGAGGGUGAGCGAACAGAGAGCGACGGCGAGGCGGCGCGCGCCGGGGAGAGCGGCGGAUUGACGCCGACAGAGGGCGCUGUUGCACGCGACCUCGGUCAGUGCAGAGCUGCCGCUCUAACGGCUUCGCUGGCGCCGGGCUAAACACCGCUUGCAGA